AUGGAAUUACAGUAUGCUCCAAAUCGCUUCAAGAUUCUCGUGGUUGGGAGACGUGGAUCAGGGAAGACUGCUCUGAUUCGUCGUUUGAAGGACAACGUUUUUAGCGACGACGAGGAUGAUCCAACCAGUACGACGGAUGUUACCGUUAUAGUUCGUGCUGUUCAGGGAUCUAUUAUUAAGGCCGAUAUGGUCGAAGUUGAUUUGUCCACCUUUCUAGCUUGCGAUUCUCCCUCUAGUCAAGCCAAAGUUCACUUUGUUAGGCAGUACUUUGAUGUAAAUGGAUUACUACUGCUUUAUGACAUUACCAAUAGCGAUACAUUCGAAGAAAUCGACGACGUACUGCGUACCCUCCAACGAAUGGUAGCCCCAGAUGUUGACAUAUGCAUAUUAGGAACCAAGGCUGACCUUAUGGAAUCUCGGAAGAUCUCAUUCGAAGCUGCCGAGCAAAAGUCCGUCGAACACGGUUUUUCUCUAUUCGAGACAAGCGCAUUGACGGGGAUUAAUUGCGAAGAGGCCCUGAUAGAAACUUUGGACAAAUUGGCUGAACGGCGGGCGGAAGUACGGGAAUACUGGAAAGAAAACACUGAGUCUUUGAUCGUCAACUAUGGUCUUCGAACAUUCCCUCUCACUUCAGUGAAUAGAGAAGUUCCCAGCAUUGUUCUGUUUGGAUUGGAUUCUGACUCGUUGGAUAGCGGUGACCGCACAUCGAUUUCGCUCUCGUAA